AUGGCGGGACACCUGGCUGCCGAUUUUGCCUUCUCGCCCCCACCUGGUGGUGGAGGCGAGGGGCCAGGGGCAUUAGGACCAGAGCCCGGCUGGGCUGACCCACGGACCUGGCUGAGCUUUCCAGGCACACCGGGUGGGCCAGGGCUUGGGCCCGGUCUUGGGUCCGGUGCUGAGGUAUGGGGCAUCCCACCGUGCCCCUCGCCCUACGACUUCUGUGGAGGCAUGGCGUACUGUGGGCCUCAGGUUGGUGCGGGGAUGCUGCCCCACGGUGGCUCGGAGACCCCUCAGCCCGAGGGUGAGGCGGGCGCUGGGGUUGAGAGCCACUCGGAUGAGGCCUCUCCGGAGCCCCUCCCUGCCCUGCCUGGUGACGGGAAGAGGGACCAGGAGAAGAUGGACGAGAGCCCCGAGGAGUCUCCAGACAUCAAAACUCGUCAGAAAGACCUGGAGCAAUUUGCUAAGCUUUUAAAGCAAAAGAGGAUCACCCUAGGGUACACUCAGGCGGAUGUGGGGCUCACCCUGGGGGUUCUCUUUGGGAAGGUGUUCAGCCAGACCACCAUCUGCCGCUUUGAGGCUCUGCAGCUCAGUUUCAAGAACAUGUGCAAGCUGCGGCCCCUGCUGCAGAAGUGGGUGGAGGAGGCGGACAACAAUGAAAACCUCCAGGAGAUAUGCAAGGCGGAGACCCUCCUGCAGCAGGCGCGCAAGAGGAAGCGGACGAGCAUCGAGAACCGCGUGCGGGGCAGCCUGGAGAGCCUGUUCCUGCAGUGCCCCAAGCCCUCUCUGCAGCAGAUCUGCCACAUCGCCCAGCAGCUGGGGCUGGAGAAGGACGUGGUCCGCGUGUGGUUCUGCAACCGGCGUCAGAAAGGCAAACGGACCGGCAGCGACUACGCCCAGCGCGAGGACUUCGAAGCUGCCGGCUCUCCUUUCCCAGGGGGACCGAUGUCUUUCCCUCUGGCGCCAGGGCCCCAUUUCGGUACCCCAGGCUAUGGGGUCCCUCAAUUUACUACUCUGUACUCCUCGGUCCCUUUCCCGGAGGGGGAAGCCUUCCCUGCCGUCCAGGUCACCCCUCUGGGCUCACCCAUGCAUUCAAACUGA